AUGGUCAAUGCUGUUCUGGAUUCCAUGGUAGCCAAUGACCCUUUCAGACUACCAUUGGCAGAGGUCUACAAAGCGACUGAGAACACGCACCCAGCAGCGCUCAACAUGAUGGCUCUUUGGCGCACCGUCACUAAAGCAAGCUCCCCGAGCCUGUUGGCCAUCGACAUAACUCAGGCCCAGGCGUACUUCUCCCUUGCUAUCAGUGAAGGUAACGACACCACGAAAUCUAUGCUUCAGGGCCGAAUAAAAGUGGUGGAUCAAUUGAUAACCGAGUUCGAAUUCUAUGUUAAUCGCGGUCGCGGUGAUGACGGGUUUGCCUUGGAUACCCAGAACCUUGCAAAGAACUAUAAGCAGUGGAUGUCUCCACCAGCGAAUAGACAGAAGGCAACCCGGGCACAGCUAGAGAUCAUAGCUUCAGCAAGCUUCAACGCGAAUGAUAAUACUACUAUCGAUAUCGCCCCCGACUGUCAAUUCACCGAAGCUGGCUGGAUUGUCAAAAGUGCAGCCUGUAACUGGAUGCCGGAUCGCCCUACCGACCUAAACUACCGAACACCAGUCAUCGAUGAAACUUUGGGUAUAGUCGUGACCGUCGGUGUCGUCCCGGGUAAAGUUUACCCCUAUGCGACAUUUUCCGCCUUUAUUCCCAACGACAUGAAAUCUUCCCAGGAAACACAGGAUGAGUGGUACUCUAUACAAAAGUCCGAGGGCUAUAUCUACUUAGUAGAGCCUACUGAAGCUAUGGGAACGGCUUAUAAUGUUUUCCAAUACUACAACAAUCAGCUUCAGGGUGAGCAAUUUAAUGUGUACCUUAAUGGCCCACGGAAUGGAACAGCCUGGGCAUGA